AUGCCCUCUCACUCCAAGCCAGUGGUCACCGACAGCGGUAGCACCGUGUCCGUGGGCGUGAACUCACAGACUCUCAUUACUAUCUUCGGUGUAAAUACGGAUUUUUCGUGGAGUCUACAGUUGAGAAGCUCACUAUCCGAUGCGUUAUCCCGUCAGGUUGCUACAUCGGCACGUAAGCAGAAGGUUCAGGCUGCGCUCAAAGAUGGAAAUUCGAAUGUGCAGAGCUCUUCCUCCUUCGAUGGGGUGCAAAAGGAGUCCCUUUACCUUGAAAAUGAUUCUACGAAGAAGACAAUAGUCUGGGGACCUUUCGAUGAGCAAAUGACCAUCGAACUUUCCUUUUUCCAUCAAGACUCGGACACAGACGAUUGGGAGCCGAGCAGCCAUUCUACCAAUGAUCUUCAGACAGCAAUUUCACUGAUCCCGAUUGAUGACGGCGAAAAUGAGGAUGAGAAUUAUCAAAAUACUAUCCUCAAUGUCACUCGUAUGACUAGGCUUUCAGACAACACAGU